AUGAAAACUAUGCGUUUACUUGCCGCAUUAUUUCUUAUGUUCCCUUUUCUCCAUGGGACAACCGCCGAAUCGCAUUAUGGCAAUGCACGGGUUACUAAUGGGACACUGGUGGCAAGCGGCGAAGCACCGUACUUUGUUCGCUUGAAAAUAAUAACCUCCCCAUUUGCUAAACGCCUAUGCGGUGGUACACUAGUGAACAACUCGACCGUAAUUACUGCAGCCCAUUGCAUCCGCAACUCUGAUGACACUGCUGUGGCAACUACACUCACCACAUUUAUAUACUAUGGUAACAAUGAUAGCGCCAAGCAGUAUGUAACAAGGGCAACCUCUAUUCACGUUCCACCUAGCUAUGACUCUGUUGAGGUUAGGCAUGAUAUUGCGGUCAUCAAAAUUCCGCCACUGGAGUUUGUGAAAGGCAAAGUAGAGUUCUUGAGCAUUUACAAUGGCGAUAUUCCACCCCACAGUGAAAUGAGGGUAUUUGGUUGGGGAUUAACCACGACUCACGGAUCAAGCAGAGAUAUCGCCUCAUCAUUGUUGACAAACUAUGUGUAUAUCUCAGAACCAAAGGAGUGCCAAUGGGUUGAGUCCAGGUACACUGACGCUAAUGGUCCGCUGAUAUGCGCAAACAACCACUACCACAUCGGUGCUGAUGUUUGUUCUGGCGACUCUGGGGUGGGGACUAUAAUCUACGUUGAAGGAGCUCCAUAUAUGGCUGGUAUCGUUAGCUACGGGUCCAGCAUAAGCGGUGAAUUGACCUGUGGUGAAGAUGGCGGAUUUGGUCUCUAUACCCACAUUUAUCAGUACAUCAAUUGGAUAGCGUCAAUCAAUGAUACUGCUCUAAUCAUUGGCCCAGAGCAGCCAGCGCCAUAUAAACCACUGGCCCUAGAAAUCCUUCAAAAACCCGCUCCACGGCAUUUUUGUAUUUUUAUGCUGUGCAUUUAAAUAAACGACUACGUGUUAGUUCUGCCGAGAUCCAGGACACACAAAUCACCGUCCGAACGCGUAUCAAGGGCUUAGCACAUAAAUGUUUAAGCAGACAGCAUAAGGAGCAGACAUCUGGAUAAAAC